GUUCACAACGUUAUGGCCCUAUUUGGACGGGCGACAAUGUUGCAAAUUGGGAUUAUUUAGCCAUAUCAAUUCCUAUGUUAUUGACUAUCGGUAUUUCUGGAUUGCCAUUUUCAGGAGCUGAUGUCGGUGGAUUUGUAGGUGAUACAAAGCCUGAACUCCUGGUUAGAUGGUAUCAAGCAGGAGCUUUUCAACCCUUCUUUCGUGCGCACGCUCAUAGAGAUACAAAAAGACGUGAACCAUGGCUAUUCGGUGAUCCAUAUACGAGUUAUAUUCGUGAUAUAAUAAAGGAAAGAUAUUCGUUGUUACCCUUAUGGUAUACUUUAUUCUAUGAAGCUAGUACCACUGGAAUGCCAAUAAUAAGGCCUAUGUUUGUAGUCUGUCCUGACGAUGAAAAA